AGAUCCUCCUGCCAUGAAGGCUUGGGAUGGGAACUGCUGAUGCUACCCCUGCCUGGCAAUUGGGGUCCAUAGGACCAGGAAGGGUGCCUGCAGCUGUGAAGUGGAAUGCCAUGGCCAGUUCCUCGGACAGUGAAGAUGACAGUUUCAUGGCCGUGGAUCCAGAAGAAGCUGUGGUCGAAGGGACGAUGGAGCAAGAUGAUGAGCCUCAUGCUGAGCUGGAGGUCGAGGAGACCAGGCAUAACAGAUCAAUGCUGGAGCUCCCAGAAGAGGUUUUGGAAUAUAUCCUGUCCUUCCUUUCGCCGUAUCAGGAGCACAAAACUGCCGCCCUUGUCUGCAAGCAGUGGUAUCGACUAAUAAAAGGUGUGGCCCAUCAGUGUUAUCACGGCUUUAUCAAAGCAGUGCAAGAAGGAAAUAUUCAAUGGGAGAGUCGCACUUACCCCUAUCCUGGAACCCCCAUCACGCAACGCUUCUCGCACAGUGCGUGUUACUAUGACGCUAAUCAGUCGAUGUAUGUGUUUGGUGGCUGCACGCAGAGCAGUUGUAAUGCUGCGUUCAAUGAUCUCUGGAGGCUUGACCUAAAUAGCAAAGAGUGGAUCCGGCCUCUGGCAUCAGGUUCCUACCCCUCGCCCAAGGCUGGGGCCACGCUGGUUGUCUACAAGGACUUGCUCGUGCUCUUUGGUGGGUGGACGCGGCCAAGCCCUUACCCUCUGCACCAGCCGGAGAGGUUCUUCGAUGAAAUCCAUACUUAUUCGCCCUCAAAAAACUGGUGGAACUGCAUCGUGACCACUCACGGCCCCCCUCCCAUGGCAGGACACUCCUCCUGUGUCAUCAAAGACAAAAUGAUCGUCUUUGGGGGCUCGCUAGGAUCUCGGCAAAUGAGCAACGAUGUCUGGGUGCUGGAUCUCGAGCAGUGGGCUUGGUCCAAGCCAAACAUCUCUGGGCCUAGCCCUCACCCGCGAGGUGGCCAAUCUCAGAUUGUAAUAGAUGAUGAAACCAUCUUAAUCCUUGGUGGCUGCGGUGGUCCCAAUGCACUGUUCAAAGAUGCCUGGUUGCUGCACAUGCAUACGAACCCCUGGACGUGGCAGCCACUCAAGGUGGAGAACGAAGAUCACGGAGCACCGGAGCUGUGGUGUCAUCCUGCAUGCAGGGUGGGACAGUGCGUUGUGGUCUUUAGCCAGGCUCCCAGCGGGAGAGCUCCGCUAAGUCCCAGCUUGAACUCUCGCCCUUCUCCCAUCAGCGCCACACCGCCCGCCCUGGUUCCCGAAACACGGGAAUACCGUUCACAGUCUCCCGUCAGGAACACAGACGAGGCUCCUUGUGUGAACGGCCGCUGGGGCACCCUGCGACCCAGAGCGCAGAGGCAAACCCCAUCGGGAUCCCGGGAAGGGAGCCUCUCCCCAGCCAGAGGGGACAGUUCCCCUGUGCUGAACGGGGGGAGUUUAUCGCCUGGAGCCACUGCAGCUGGUGGUGCUUCCUUGGACAGCCCCGUACAGGUCGUAUCGCCCAGCACACCUUCUGCUGCUGAAGGAUAUGACCUGAAAGUUGGGCUUUCCCUGGCACCAAGGCGGGGUUCGCUCCCGGAGCAGAAAGACCUGCGCUUGGCGUCUGUCGAUUUGAGCUGGGAGCAGAAACCGGCUUCCAUCAUCUGUCAGAUGGACGGUGUGGACAGCAGGACAGUCAGCGGAAGCGUGAGGAACCCCCCCGAGCAGACAAACGGGAUCCACACGCCGCCUCAUGUCGCUAGCUCCCUCCCGGGGGCCGUCUCUCCCGGCGCACUCCGGAGAAGCCUGGAGGCCGUCAAAGCCCUGUCCUCCAAAGGCGCCUCGGCCUCAGCAGCGUUAAGUCCUCCCCUCGUUUCUUCGCCGGGGUCCCCCGGUAGCCAGAGCGCAAGCGGUGCCGAGGCAGGGUCGGUGCAGCGUCCAGCCUCCACCCAAGGCGAUGGUCACUCCUUACCUCCCAUUGCCCGCCGCCUGGGCCACCAUCCUCCGCAGUCCCUAAACGUGGGCAAGCCUUUGUACCAGAGCAUGAACUGCAAACCCAUGCAGAUGUACGUGCUGGACAUUAAAGAGACCAAGGAGAAAGGACGAGUCAAAUGGAAAGUGUUCAAUAGCAGUUCUGUGGUGGGGCCGCCCGAGACCAGUUUACACACAGUGGUGCAAGGCAGAGGGGAACUAAUCAUAUUUGGUGGCCUCAUGGACAAGAAACAGAACGUGAAGUACUAUCCCAAAACAAAUGCCUUGUACUUUGUGCGAGCAAAAAGAUAAUGUGGCGCCAGCCGUUCACCACCGCCUCCUUCCCUCCCCUCCCCUCGGCUUUCUCUCUCCUUUUCUUUUUAAGCCCUUCCUCUGUCAUGCAGGCAUUGAAACUGUGAAUUAGGGAACAACAAUAAAAUGCAAAGCGAAACGUCAGUGCUGCCCUCCGGUUCCCGGUAAGACCCCCGUUAAGAGAAUUGUGUUCGCCAGCAGGGAAGGACCUCUGUGCCGAUAGGAUCCACGUCGCUGGGCUCUAGCAGGAGCUCUUUGCUGGUAUCUAGGCCAAGAAUUUAGGGUGAACAGGUGGGGAAGUCGGCCGUGCAAUAUCCUCUUCAGAAUUUUUUCAGGGGUUAAGAGGCCUCCUAUGUCUCUACAACUCCUAAGGGAAUGGCAGUAAAAAUGGUUUUAUAAGAACAUGCUGAAUACCUGCAGACAGGAGGCUGUUAGCUUGAAUGCACUGAUUAUUUCCAUGCUUGACUCUGAAGUAUGGCUGUAUAAGGAAAAUAACAGCAAUAUCUAAAAAGAAAUCUUCCAGCACUGCAAAUCGUAACAGUAACCUUUGCUCAACACAAACAGGAUGCCUUUUUUUUUUUUUUUUUUUUGGUGUGUCUCUGAGCCUUUUGGCCCGAGAGUCUCGUUCCUGUCCUGUGUACAGGACGUUAAGAAGGAAGAAAGGACAAAGUGUUGCAUCGAAAUGCCAAAGCCAUCGAGAAUUAGAUAGGCAGGACUUGUUUUAGCAGUCCUCCCUUCUGUGCCAGGUCAAAUUUUACCUGCCAGGUAAAAUUCGUGCUGGAUCAAGCUGCUAGUUUGGCGUUUCCCCGACAGGCCGAGCUGAGCUGCCAAGGUAGUAAGUACAUAUCUGGAAACGUCCAAGGCAAUAUUGCUUGUAGCAUUCGCGAAAACAGCAACUUGUAGCCUGGGAACGCUUUUUUUUGGUUCUCUCCCCCUUUAUCUUUUUUCCUAGCCAAACUGAUGGAUAUCAGUCAUUUUGGAGUGCAAGCGGCACGGUGGGCCAGCAUCAGCCUUGAUCGCAGGAACUGAGACUCAUCUUUGCAUGUGCCUCCUUCCGCAAAGAUUAAAACCAAGAAAAAUCCCAAUGGAUUGUACUCGAGUGUCCUUCUGGGACAACCUUCCUUCCUUCCCUUUCAGCCAGACAGCUUUCUGCUUGAACAUAGGAAACCCUUCCCUAAUCGCAGCCCGCUGGAGGUGGGGAGAGCUGGCGGUUGCCCUGUGCCCUGGCACUACUAUGAAGUGGCCCUUUUACCUUUUUUAUUUUUUUUAUUUAUAUUUUUUUUGGUGUGUGUGUUUUCUCCCUGUCUGUCUGGCCACUGAGUUUUUCCUCGGCUUAGUGACCGCUUCAGGCAGAGUUUUAACCCAGACGUUUGCAAUCAAAACCCUCCUCCAGUUCCCUCGCGGUUCUCGCUGCCAUCGGGCCGUGGAGGGGGAUGCUUGACCUCUUAAGAGGCUCUCAGAAGUGGGUGACUGCCGGCAUAGGCUUGCAUUUCUCUGCUAAAACCUGCCCCUUUGGGCCAAAAGGUGCUGAGAGUACCUCUCCGCAGAUGCGCACACGCACACUGGUUUUUUCAGUGCCCAAAUCGCUCCCGUCGUUGUCCUGGGAAGUGAAAAUCGGUAUUGAACGCCCAAGGGAUCGGGCACGUGGGGGUGGGAAGGGUCUAAAAUUUCUGGGAGAAGGAAGAAAUACAUUUCACUGCUUGUUGACUUUUUUGGAGCUGGAUUUAAUGACUUGCUGGUCUCGCUUGCAGAUCCUCCUGCUUGUCGGAGCUCUGCAAGCUGAUUCAGGCUGGGGGGAUGGGGGGAGGGAUUACAGCACCCUUUCCAGCUCCGUAGAUAAACCUUUAUUAAAUCCAGCCUCUGCAACACAAAAUUUAAUUACCGAACGUAUCAUGCCUCAUUGUCUCACAGGGAAACGCGUCCUGCACUGCCCCCCACCCCGGUUUUCGUCCUCGUGCUCCCGGCAUGGUUAACGCUUCGCGGCUUUGCGUCCUUCGUGCUCUCCGCCAUCCGUCCGGUGGGCGCUCCUCUUCCUCCUCCUCCUUCCCUGCGCGUCCCGCAUGGUUGCAAUAAAUUGCUCCCACCGCUGCGACCGUCCGUCUCCUUCCCUGCCGUGUGGACGGACGGACGGACAGACGGACCGCUCUCAUGUCGUACGCACAACGCCUGUGUCGCUGGGGCCGUGAGUGAGGUUUUUUCCCCCCGACUCAGGUGUACGAGUAUCACUUCACCCCCCUGCCCCCCGCCCAACCCCUCGUUUUAGGCUCAGCCGAGCGUAGGAAUGAAAAGUGAAUUUUGGUGAUAUUUAAAUCUGUGUAAAUUUCUUUCUGUUUUUU